AUGACUCUCACCGAUGAGGAGCUCGACCGCGACUGGCAGCCCAACGGCCGUCGUCCUCAAUCGUCCGUAUUCCCCUAUACUUGCUUCUCUAAUCCAUUGAAGACGCCUACCAUAACCAUCGCCCGCUCGUUUAGUGCUGAGCUUAUGGACAUAUUCCGCAUCGAAAACUCUCUCACCGACCUGGAUCAGCAAGUCCACGCCAAGAAGCAAACCGUCAACAAGGAAACCGAAGAACUCGCCGCCCUUGAAGCCCGCCUUCGUGAAAUGGAAGAACGCCUCCGCCGUUCUACAGGUGGCGCUCAACAACCAUCUUCACUGCCUCAGUCACAGACCGCCAACCAGGCUCAGUCCCAGACUCAGCAGCCAAGUUCCCUCGACGCCCCCAAGGACGACUCCAAGGUCCGCUCACGACCGGGAACAGCCCGUGCUUCCCAGCAAGCUCCCUCUUCGGGCAACAUGCCCCCGACCCCGGGUGCCAGUGAAGGUGAAUACUAUGUCGUCACCCGCGAUGACUUGCAAGACGGCCCGCGCUGA